AUGAGCCAGGAGCGGUACCAGGGGCUGGGUUUGGCCAGGUUCGGGGGAUGUCGAGGGAGCAGCUACGCUGGCCCCAUCUGUUUUGAUAUGAUUGAAGAAGCCUACAUGACAAAAUGUGGACACAGCUUCUGCUAUAAAUGUAUUCACCAAAGCUUGGAGGACAAUAACAGAUGUCCCAAAUGCAACUAUGUUGUGGACAACAUAGAUCAUCUUUAUCCCAACUUCUUAGUCAAUGAGCUAAUUCUUAAGCAGAAGCAAAGAUCUGAGGAGAAAAGACUCAAACUGGACCAUUCAAAUGGCCAUAGGUGGCAGGUAAUUCAAGACUUAUUGGGAACUGAUCAAGACAAUCUUGACUUGGCCAAUGUCAACCUGAUGCUGGAGCUGCUGGUGCAAAAGAAGAAGCAGUUGGAAGCAGAGUCCCAUGCUGCCCAGCUGCAGAUUCUUAUGGAAUUUCUCAAAGUUGCCAGGAGAAACAAACGAGAGCAACUGGAGCAGAUCCAGAAGGAGCUAAGUGUUCUGGAAGAAGAUAUUAAACGAGUAGAGGAAAUGAGUGGCCUUUACUCCCCAGUCAGCGAGGACAGUACGGUGCCGCAGUUUGAGGCCCCCUCACCUUCACACAGUAGUAUUAUUGAUUCCACGGAGUAUAGCCAGCCUCCAGGCUUCAGUGGCAGUUCUCAGACCAAAAAGCAGCCGUGGUAUAACAGCACGCUAGCCUCGCGACGCAAGCGGCUCACAGCUCAUUUUGAGGACCUGGAGCAGUGCUACUUUUCUACCAGGAUGACACGUGUCUCGGAUGACAGCAGAACCAUGAGCCAGCUGGAUGAGUUUCAGGAGUGUCUCUCCAAGUUCACACGCUACAAUUCUGUCCGACCCCUGGCAACGCUGUCUUACGCUAGUGACCUCUACAAUGGCUCCAGCAUAGUAUCCAGUAUUGAGUUCGACCGAGACUGUGACUACUUUGCCAUCGCUGGGGUGACGAAGAAGAUUAAAGUCUAUGAGUAUGGUACAGUCAUUCAGGACGCGGUGGAUAUUCACUACCCUGAGAAUGAAAUGACCUGUAAUUCCAAAAUCAGCUGUAUCAGCUGGAGUAGUUACCACAAGAACCUGCUAGCCAGCAGCGACUAUGAAGGCACUGUCAUCCUUUGGGAUGGAUUCACAGGACAAAGAUCCAAGGUCUACCAGGAACAUGAGAAGAGGUGCUGGAGUGUUGACUUUAACUUGAUGGACCCAAAGCUCUUGGCUUCAGGCUCUGAUGAUGCCAAAGUGAAGCUGUGGUCUACCAACUUGGACAACUCAGUAGCAAGCAUCGAGGCCAAGGCUAACGUGUGUUGUGUCAAAUUCAGCCCCUCUUCUAGGUAUCACCUAGCUUUUGGCUGUGCAGAUCACUGUGUUCACUACUACGAUCUUCGCAACACUAAGCAGCCGAUCAUGGUGUUCAAAGGGCAUCGCAAGGCAGUCUCCUACGCAAAAUUUGUGAGCGGGGAAGAAAUUGUCUCUGCGUCAACAGACAGUCAGCUGAAGCUGUGGAAUGUAGGGAAGCCUCACUGCUUGCGCUCCUUCAAGGGUCACAUCAAUGAGAAGAAUUUUGUAGGGCUCGCGUCCAACGGAGACUACAUCGCCUGUGGAAGUGAAAAUAAUUCCCUGUACCUAUACUAUAAGGGCCUCUCAAAGACACUGCUGACAUUCAAGUUUGAUACAGUCAAAAGCGUCCUGGAUAAGGACCGGAAAGAAGAUGACACAAAUGAGUUUGUGAGUGCUGUAUGCUGGAGAGCACUACCAGAUGGGGUCCUCCCAAAGCUUGGCUGA